AUGAGUCUGGGAUGCGGAACAGAGACAAUCGCGAACCCUGCGUCCAACGAAAAUGGGAAACCGUGCCUUUUGCGCUCUCGAGCUCAAAUCGACCCAUCCCCGGCCGUCGUUCAAGAGUUGACCACAAGCUCGUCUACGCCACGGACGAAGAUGGAACCACAAGAUUGGAAAGAGAUUGGAAAGAGAUUGGAAAGAGAUUGGAAAGAGAUUGGAAAGAGAUCGGAAAGAGAUUGGAAAGAGGAUGACAACGUGCUCAUUCAAUUACAACGAGAAUCUCUGGAAGAGGCCUUCUUCGAUGAUCUCGAAGACCAUGUGUCGGACAUUUGCGACAUCGUUGCUUGCCACCUCUCUUUGGGCCGGCGCCAACGCUGUAUCGUGGCCCCACGGUCACAAUGGUUGCACGGGAGCUUCAACACUUGGCAUCUCUAUUCGUGUCACAAACUGGCGGACACAGCGGCUGUUGUUGAGCUGCCCGUUCCCUUAUAUGGUCGGCGGUCCUGA